AGCUGUAAACACAACUUCCAUGCGAGCGAUGAAAGUUGUGUUGCUCGCUCAACAAAACUUGCCAAGUGUCAUAAAGUUGUAUUUGUAGUCAAUAUUACAUUAUAUUUUAGCUGAAGUGCAACCAUGCAGUCAGCUGUAGCAAGUAAACGGAUGGGGGCUGUCAUACUGUCACUCGUAAAGAGCGGUGGGCGUAGUAAUAAGGUUUCAUCACGUGUUCCAUCGCUAAGACCUCAAUGCCUUCAGAAUCACCCGAACCGUUUGCCAACCUGGUCAUCAGUUUCCUCCAUCUCAAGGUGUGUGUGUAGUCAAGCAGACAAUGGAGACAGGAGUAGAACUGAGGGUGGGAGGGGAGCUGAACGAAAGGGAGAUGAGGAGGGGGCGAUACCAUUUUAUGAUAUCGUUAUUGCUGGUGGCGGUAUGACAGGACGUGCUAUGGCAUGUGCACUGGGUCUAGAGGCAGAUCUUGAUCAUUAUAAGAUCUUAAUGAUAGAAGGAAGCAAUCCACUCCAGCCAUUACCAGAUGAUCUUCCUGAUGAGUACAGCAAUAGAGUGUGUGCUCUCAACCAUGGCUCCAUUGACUUACUCACAAGUAUCGGGGCAUGGACCCAUAUGGUGAAUCACCGAGUCCAACCGAUACGUAGCAUGCAGGUAUUGGACGCUUGCUCAGACUCCUCAAUCUCAUUCAGGAAUCAGGAAGAGACGUCUCAAGAACUCGCUUACAUCGUUGAGAAUGAUGUGACUGUAGAUGCACUGAGUAGACAACUAGAGAAACUUGUGAAUAGAGUCAAGAUCCAGUAUAACUGCACAGUCCAAGAUAUUAAGGUGCCCAGUCAGAAUGUGCCUGAGCAAGAGAGCUGGGUUCAGAUUAAAUUAGCAAACGGCAAAAGCAUUAAGACAAGACUCCUUAUCGGUGCGGACGGUCCAAACUCCUUAAUAAGAACACUGAGUGAUGUUCCAAUGAUACAAUGGCAGUAUGACCAAUCAGCAGUGGUAGCUACCCUCCGUCUAUCAGAGUCGACAGACAAUGUUGUAGCUUGGCAGAGGUUUUUACCAACUGGACCUAUAGCUAUGUUACCUCUGACCAAUGAGUUAAGUUCCCUAGUGUGGUCAACCAAUCACAGUGAGGCAGAAUCUUUGAUACUCAUGAACGAGGAACAGUUUGUGGAUGAAGUCAACAACGCUUUUUGGGAUGACAGUAUGAAAAUUGAAGCUGCUACAACUGCUGGUCAGCUUUUCAACAGUGUCUUAUCAGUGGUCAAGCCCUCUGGGUCAGCGGUCAGACAGUUGCCCCCUAGUGUAGCCAGCAUCUCAUCAGGCAGUAGGGCCAAGUUCCCUCUAUCUCUUGGUCAUGCUUCCCACUACGUCAAGCCACGUGUUGCUCUUAUUGGUGAUGCGGCUCAUCGUGUUCAUCCCAUGGCUGGUCAAGGAGUCAACCUUGGCUUUGGGGAUGUAGCUUGUCUCAGAGACACACUGGUAACUGCUGCUUCUAUGGGCAAAGAUUUGGGAUGUCAAUCUCACCUCCUAGAGUAUGAGACUAGCAGACAGAGAAAUAUCAUCCCGGUAGUAGCGGCCAUUGAUAGCCUGAAACGCCUUUACUCAACAGACAAUCCUGCAGUAGUGAUAGCAAGAAGUCUGGGACUACAGGCUACCAAUGCUUUGGAACCUUUAAAGCAGCAGAUUAUUUCACUGGCCACUGGAAGAUGACUUAAGGUUGAAUGUCAAAGAGUGUAAACUAUAGACGCAUUUGCGGACUUUAUAGUCUUGACAUUUAAUUUGGACUGGCAUGAGAUGACAGCCAUGAGAUGUAUGACUCUGUUUGGAGUGAACAACAGAGGGCAGUGUAACCUAGUUACUGCUAUAUGACUUCACUCUCAUCAUGAUCAAAAUAUGGUUACGGUUAAAGCUGGCUCAAAUGAUGACUGAGUGACCAAUCACUCAAGCAGUAUCCAUGCUGGUGAGGCAAUCUUUGGUGAUAUUGGAAUACUGAAAAAAAUACUGGUCGACAAAUGAUGAGUGGGUGACCGGUCACUCAAUAUCCAUGCUAAUAAUAUGAAUAAUAACCAUCAAUUUUCAUUUAGCGCUUUAUCACAGCCUGAAGGGCUUAUCAAAAUGCUUCUGACAUUAUAACCCCUAGUCACUGGGCCUGGGUUUAAUUCCUUAAACCAUCUCAGCUCCCUAGGGAUUAUACAGCUACAGCUGCAUGGUGCUGCGAGUUACAGCGCUCCGCGCUAAUCAUUCCCAAAUCAUUAUUUCUAUGACCGAUUUAGUGGCUUAAUUGACAACCUAUUGGCCUGUUACUUAAUGUCUGUGUAAGUGGCGCCUUCCUAAGUGGACUUCAUGUAUAUCAUUAGUCAUGUGACCAUCAAGGCCUAAUUUUAUGGCUCUUCCUUACUGCAGAAUUAUUUAAGCCCAUCAAAAUACAUGACUUACACUCUCUGAUAAAAAAUGAUUUUCAGUUGGUAACACAAUUUGUAUAGUGUAAAAUAUUUCUGUUAUGCAAUGCUUUUGUAUGGCCCUUCGCAAGAUUUUGUUAACUUGGAUCUUGAUAACUGUACAACUAUAUAACUUUCACUCUGUGUUUUCAGAGGUCAGAAUAAAA